AUGCUUGAGGCGGCUCAACUCAUCAGGAAUCUCAAGAGCUUCUCGGUAAAGUCAGCUUUACCACUGGAUACUACUUGGCCAGCAUAUAGACGAAGCGCCGUAUUAAUUCUUCUAUUCAUAGGCAGAUAUGGAGAGCUUAGAGUAAUAUUGACAAAAAGAUGUCGAAAUCUCCGAAGCUUUUCAGGCCACGUAUCGUUGCCCGGUGGAAAGUCGGACUCUCUUUUGGAAACGCCCGAAGUUGUUGCUAGACGUGAAUCUGAGGAGGAGAUUGGUCUUCCGAGAGACGAUGAAAUUCUGCGUCGAGAUUAUGGAAUGAAGAUCGAAACGCUUACAACCCAUGUUCCACACUUCCUGUCGCGGACUUUUCUCAGCGUGAAGCCUAUUGUAUCCUUCCUACACAACUCUGAAACAUCGUUAGAGAAUAGAUACAAGAUUCCACUCGAUGGUUCUAAGUUCUUUGGAAAACUAAACCCUGGCGAGACUACCUCCAUAUUUUCCAUACCAUUGAGCGACCUCAUAGCACACCGGUAUAAUUGGACCAAUUACCACCCCGAGUAUGUGAGUCGCAAGGAGUACUGGGCAAAGUGGGGUGGCCUAAAAUGGUUCAUUCAGCAUUACUACUAUCCGAACGAAAAUGUUAAAGACACAAGAUGGCUCAACGAUAUUAUCGAUACCAGUUCUGGAGAUGAGGCGCUUGAGGGUGUUCCAUGCAAAGAUGUCUGGGGCCUCACAGCAAAGAUGUUGCAGGAAGUUUGCGACAUAGCUUUUAGCGAACUCAAUUUUGGCAAGACAAUUGGGCACGAAAGCUUAAUUUACGCACUACACGAAUUGGGCGGACAACUACACGGGCAUGAAAGGUCUGAGUGGGAGAGCAACAUGAUAAUGAACAAGCGUGGUGUUAAUUAUAAAGAUGUGAUACCCAAAUUCUACUUGGACAGCCUGUCGAACACACAACCGGACUUUUGA